GUGGCGGCUUAUUUCCUCUCACUACAACCACUAGAUUGCGGAUUUUCCUGGAAGGUUCAAUAAUUUCAUAAUCACAUCAAUUGCCUCCUUUUUAUAUGCUAGGAUCAGAGCCCAUUCCACUAGCCAGUGUCCAUUUCCAUUCUCUUGAAUCUUCAACCUGCCAAGCUUUCUUUGAGCUAAUCUUGAAUCUUCUGCAACUGUUCACUGUCGAUCUCUUUAUUAUUUAUUUAUUUUUCCUUAUUUUCCUAUCAAGUUUGAAUAUUAAAUCACUAUUCUUUGAUUCAGUUCGUUUCUGGAUCCCAAAAAUUUUGCCACAAGUUUCAGAUUUACUUCAUUCCUUAAUCAAGAAUAGUCUAUGGAUGCCGUUUUUGAAGGAUUUCCUGGUUCCAUGAAUGGAAUCAAAUUUGAUCACCAUGGCUCAGUUUCAUCUUGUUCCAAUCAGAAUCUGGUUAAUGGGUUGAAACUCAAUCAUGACUCAAUAGAUUAUCAUCCACCUAAUCUUCAAACCAAUCCACAAAGUGACCCUUUUCCAUCUUGGGAGUCGAGCUCAGAUGGAGAUUCUCCGGAUAGCUCUGAUCACUCUAAUGCUGUUCUCAAGUACAUUAGUGAAAUCCUUAUGGAAGAAGAUUUGGAGGGGAAACCCUGCAUGUUACAGGAUUGUUUGGCCCUCCAAGCUAAAGAAAAGUCCUUCUAUGAUGCCAUUGGCCAGAAAUACCCCACUUCACUUAAUCAGACGCUUCCUUGUCUAGGGAAAUACAUUGAAAAACCAGAUGAUAUAUUCACCAGGAGUUCUAGCAGUAUUGAUAGCUCUGACAGCUAUUAUUCUUCUACCAAUUUGCUUGAUUCUCCUGAAAGUACCUUACAUAUACCAGAUUUGUUCAGUGAGAUGCUGAUGCAGUUCUCUGGAGGAGUAGGGGAAGCUAGCAACGUUGCUUUAAAUCUGCACCCACAACCACUGCAUCUAGAAGAGGUUUUGGGGAGCUCAAUCGGAGAUGGGAGGCAGCAUUCAUCUAAUGGAUCAAGGGGAAGGAAAAUUGACCAACGUGAGGAUAGUGAUGAGCUUGAAGAAGGGAGGAGCAACAAGCAUUCAGCUUUUUCUCUUGCAGAGUUUGACCAAUCAGAGAUGGAUGAAGUAUUGCUGUGCAAGUCUGGGAAAAAUGAGUCUUUGUCAAGUUCUUCUGGCUCUGGCCAAGAAUUGCCAAACGGAUCAAAUAGGAAAGCGCAGCAGAAUGCGCAAUUAAAAGGGUCUAAUGGUAAAGCAGCACGUACAAAGAAAAAGGCUCAUAAAAGAGAAGUAGUAGAUUUGUGGUCUCUGCUAACUCAAUGUGCACAAGCUGUGGCUAGUAAUGACCAAAGGUCUGCAAACGAGCUACUCAAGCAGAUUAGGCAGCACUCUUCUGCUUUUGGUGAUGGAAACCAAAGAUUGGCUCAUUACUUUGCUAACGGUCUUGAGGCACGGCUUGUUGUCUCUCAGACACCAGUAUAUUCGCACAUAAGCAAUAGAACAUCUGCAGCUGAUAUCCUAAAGGCUUACCGGGUUCAUGUUACUUCAUGUCCCUUCACCGGAAUGUCAUUUUUGAUGGCAAACAGAACAAUUGCAAAACUAGCAGAGAAAGCAACAAGGCUUCACAUCAUUGACUUUGGCAUUUGCUAUGGCUUUCAGUGGCCUUGCUUGAUUCAGCAUCUUUCUGAAAGGAGUGGUGGACCUCCCAUGCUUCGCAUCACAGGCAUUGAGCUUCCCCAACCGGGUUUCCGGCCGGCAGAAAGAGUUGAAGAAACAGGGCGGCGCUUGAAAAGUUACUGUGAAAGAUUUAAGGUCCCAUUUGACUACCAUGUUAUAGCACAGAAAUGGGAAACCAUCAAAUUAGAAGAUCUCAAGAUUGACAGAGAUGAGGUAACAGUAGUCAACUCUUUGUACAGAAUGAAGAACCUCCCAGAUGACACAGCAAUAGAUAGCAGCCCAAGGGAUACCGUCUUACAAUUGAUCAAGGAUAUUAAUCCAGACUUAUUCAUCCAUGGGAUUGUUAACGGCACUCACAAUGCACCUUUCUUUCUCACAAGAUUCCGGGAGGCAUUAUACCACUUCUCCGCUUUGUUUGAUAUGUAUGAUGCCAAUAUACCGAGCGAAGAUGAGGCGAGGAUACUGUUUGAGAGAGAAGUGUUUGCAAUGGAUGCUGUUAAUGCCAUUGCAUGUGAGGGUAUAGAGAGAGUAGAAAGGCCAGAGACACAUAAGCAGUGGCAGGUGAGAACUCGGAGGGCUGGCUUCAGGAAAGUCCCAUUAGACCAGGAACUUUUUACAACUGUGAGGAAUAGAGUGAAAACAAAAUAUCAUCCGGAUUUUGUUGUUGAUGAGGAUAGCCAUUGGAUGCUGCAGGGAUGGAAAGGAAGAGUACUCUAUGCUCUUUCUUUCUGGAAACCUGUUCAAGACUAGGGAGUUAUAAUUAGUUACAUAAAGCCAGUCAUAUGAUGCAGUAUCUUUCUUUCUAUUAUUAGUAACUAUUGUACAGCCAUAUGGCUUAAUAGUGGCAGCAAUAUCUAGUUUGCUAAGCUGUCAGCUGUGUUGUUAUGAUGCAAUAUAGGAAAUUUCAGUGCUUUUAGUUUGUGAUUCA